GGGCUCGGGGCGCGCGCGGGCUGAGCGGUCGCUUUAAGGAGGCGCCGGGGCGGGGACGGGCGAGAGCGGCCGGCGGGCCCGCGGGCCGGGAGCCGUCAGUCCGGCUGCCGCGGGGCCGGGCGGGCGCGGCGCUGCCUCCUCGCCGGCGCGGGCAUGGAGGAGGCGGCCUGAGGGCCAGAGCCGAGCGGGGCCGGAGCGCGCGGUCUGACCUACGAGAAACAUGGCAACCAGUGCCGUCCCCAGUGACAACCUCCCCACGUACAAGCUGGUGGUGGUGGGAGAUGGGGGCGUGGGCAAGAGUGCCCUCACCAUCCAGUUUUUCCAGAAGAUCUUUGUGCCUGACUACGACCCCACCAUUGAAGACUCCUACCUGAAACAUACAGAGAUUGACAAUCAGUGGGCCAUCUUGGACGUUCUGGACACGGCCGGGCAGGAGGAGUUCAGCGCCAUGCGGGAGCAGUACAUGCGCACGGGGGACGGCUUCCUCAUCGUCUACUCGGUCACAGACAAGGCCAGCUUCGAGCACGUGGACCGCUUCCACCAGCUCAUCCUGCGCGUCAAGGACAGGGAGUCAUUCCCGAUGAUCCUCGUGGCCAACAAGGUCGAUCUGAUGCACUUGAGGAAAAUCACCAGGGAGCAAGGAAAAGAAAUGGCGACCAAACACAAUAUUCCGUACAUAGAAACCAGUGCCAAGGACCCACCUCUCAACGUCGACAAAGCCUUCCAUGACCUUGUUAGAGUCAUUAGGCAACAGAUCCCGGAAAAAAGCCAGAAGAAGAAGAAGAAAACCAAAUGGCGGGGAGACCGGGCCACUGGCACCCACAAACUGCAGUGCAUGAUAUUGUGACGGGCCUGAGGCCCUGGGCACAGUGACUGUGAACUGGCCAGCCCUCGGGACCCCUCCACUGCCUAACCGCACUGAAAACCAUUUCUAACCAGAUCCUUGGCCCGAGGACUCGGCACAGGGAGGGAGGAAGGGAGGAGCUCGGGGCUGGCUUUGCCGAAAGGGCAGAGGCUUUCCCGUCUGACAAGGGACAAGGAAGUGACACUCCACAGAAGCAGCACCUGAGCCCCCCGUGGUGAUCCCACCCGGUCCCCCCCUUGGUGGCUGUGUUGUUUCUUUGAACUACAUUGUGUCGGUUCCAUGUGGAAGUCUUACCCACGUCCAGAGUCCAGAACAAGCCAUGAACAAGCUUCCCCCGCCCCCGGCCACAGUGUCUGAGCUUGGGUGUCUUUUGUAGAUUUUUAAAUUAUUUUAGUGAUUAUUAUUUUAUUAAAAGGGUCUGUGCCCACUGCCUGGUGAAGUUUCACAUCUUCAGCAGACCUCUCUGAUCUCAUGUCUGGAAUAUUAUUGUUGUUGUUUUGACUGAGUUUUUCCAGCAGUGCCAAAACUCAACUCAACGUGGAAGUGGGCUGAGGGAGAGACCGGAAGUCAAUGGGGACCGGAGCUGGAGGCCUCGGGAGAAGCAGAGCUACUCACGGCCUGUAAACUGGAGAGAACAGACGUGUUCACCCAGAGGGUCUUCCCGUGGAUGAGGAUGCAGCUCUUAGGAAACAGGAUUCUAUUUUGCUGAGGGCAGAGGCUGGCACGAUGUCCCUUCUAAUGGGGGUUUUCAUCAUCCUGGAAACGUGUAAACUAAAGCAAGCUGGUUGGCUUUGCCGAAGCGUUCCUUUAUUUUUCAGAGGUGUGGGCUCAAUUCUGAGUUCUCCGCGGCCAUGUAAGGGCUUCCUCAGGCCCAUCUCUCCCUGCUCUCUCAUCACCUGGGCUGCCUGGUGCCUCUGACACAAACACACGGACAUGGGCGUGGAUGUGUCUCCACACCAAAGUAAGCUAGUGUGGACGCCAUCCAGCAAACUCUAGUUCAUGCUGAACCUUAACCACAAGUGAUCCAAUCCUGUUAGCACUAAGACAGCACCGAGACCUGAAGCCAUCUUCCCUUGGAGUCAAUCGGCUACCACUUCUCACGCCCAGUCAAUGUGCAAACCCCUUGAGCAUUUACCAGCUGACUAAUAGGUUGCCCUUCUAGCGCACACUUCUCUGAACCUCUUGGAUCUUAACUAUAAUAUAUAAUUGGAGGAGAAAGGAAGGUUGGGGCACUGACAUGGCUCCCAUACACUUGUUUCUGCAAGGGGACAGUCCCCCAGCUCCCUCAUGAUGCCCACCUCCCUCUCAGGUGCUGCUGGUAUGAACCUAAGGCUAGAAUUUUCCAGCCAGGGUGGGGCUGGAGGGGCAGCAAGAACAAUAGCGCACCCCUGAGAGAAGGUCAAAAGAUGAGGUGGCAUGGCUAGUGGCCUUAUUUUCCUUAUGUUACAAACCAGGUCACUAGGCAAAGUAGAACAUCCCUCAGCAGGUGGCCUGGCCACUGUUUGGAGAAAGAACUCCCAGGACAGUGAGCACCCAGCUGGACAUCGGGAUCCCUGAUCCUUCUCCCAUUCUGGGCCUGUGCUGGGUUCCUACCUCAGCAAGCUCGCCAGCACUGAGGAGCCCAGCCGAAGAGCGAUGCUGCUGCAGAAGGAGACAGGUGGGACUUCUGUUAGUUGGAAAUCAAACUUCUUUGGCUAAAUGGCCCUUUUUUCUGACUCUAAAAGGAAGGAUAUCAAAGAACAUUCUAGGUCAGGCACUUCAGUGCUUCCCAAGAUCCUGUCAUGUUAAUGGGCAUUUCAAACAUUAACAGGACAAGGCUCUUUCAGCCCCUCUGCUCCUCUGAGCCAUGUCCCCAGCAGCCCCACAUGCAGUGUGAUGACAGCUAUAGACCAGAGCCGAGGAAGAGGCAAGGCAGGCCGGAGGACAUAAGGAUGGAGCUGCUUCGUGUCAAGGGAGUGGUGAGUAGGACAAGAAGCCCUGCACACAGGGGAGUGUCCACAGCCAGAGAACUUCUGCCACACACGGACCACCACCACACACCCCUACCCACUGUGGAGGCUGCCACUCCCUGAGAGCACUGUGUGGGGAGUCUCUUAGAAGCAGAUCAGAUGACCUGGAACAAAGCCCCUAACCAUGAAGGUAACCAGACAGAGGCCUUCCAACCACUUCUGGUCCCCCCAAGCAGGGCAGUGCAUCUGCCCCACCCCUGGCCCCAUCUGCCAGGGCAUCUGCCCUGCACUCCACCCACAGCGUAACUCCAUAGUCCAGGUGGCCUUCCGCAGCCUCUGCUGUUGAGCCAACAGUCAGCCUUCAUCUCCAUGACAUCGUUUUCACCAUAGGUGAGAUGGGUGAAUAACACUUUUAAAAGACAGUUCCUUGUGUUUUAGAGGACCAUGGGCCCUUGUGGCAGUGACAGCUUCUAGAUAGGCCAGAGUGGGAUGUUUCCUGGGGCGUCCCCAGUAUGUCUUCUCCAUGGUCACCUGGCAGGGUUGGUCUGGGAAACCAUUUGGCCACGCUACUCCAUGACUGAGGAUCCCACUGGGACUUGUGUCUUUGGUGACAUCUUGCUGGUCCCACUGUUUUCUCAGACCACCUGAAUAGUGCUACCAUCAUAUCUGCUGGAGCAUACCCUUCCUGAAACCCCCUCACUCCAUACCCUUGCCACAGUGUACUCUCAGAUUUCCUUCUACAGUUCUGACACCCCCCACCCCCAUAGAGGGCUCUUUUUCUCCCCAGCAGGCAAUCCCAGCCAUCCUUCCCACCCCCACAGCCUGGGACUAUGGCCACUGACUUCCCCUGUACUUUGCCACACAGGGGACGCUUGGAUGGUUUCUCUUAGGACUUUGCCCUCUACCUUCUUGCGGCGCUUGAUGUGGAGAGUGCCUAGUAGCCUAGUGUGGCCUGUCUCACUGUGCCAGGAGACACAACCCACUAGCACAUGGCAGCUCUACCCAGAGGCCCCUCAGACGUGGUACAGUGAAUCCAGAGCCACAGACAGGUGCCCUCCGUUAGCAGCCCAUUGGAUUACAAAAUCCCAUAUUGGGCUUCUUCCGAAUGAAAGAUACUUGAAUUACUGAGCGCCUGCGAGCGCCCAGCUUCUGUUACACAGUAUUAGCAGGUGGCCAUUGUCGUGAAGGGAGAGUGAUGCCUGAAGAUCUCGAGGAUGCUUGAGCCUUUUAUGUAACUUUUUAUUAAGUCUUUGUGUAUCUCCACUCAUUAAUAAAGAAAAGCA